ACCGAUCGCUAUUUAUCUAUAGGGGUGUCGGUGAAUCCAUGGUACAACACAAAGGAGAUAAUUUUUGAUCAGUGUCAAAUUUUCAAACGAUGAAGAUUUUGUUAAUUUUACUGAUUAUCUGUAUGACUUGUGUCGAUUUUAGCAUCAGCAAGAGAACAAAAGGCAAAAAUACAAGGUGUGACAAGAAAAGCGGCCCAGUUUGUGGUAUAGAUGACAAAACGUACAAAAAUGAGUGUAAAGCUGUCAAGAAGGGUAUAACAAUAGCAUGCAACAAAACGUGUCCCUGUGGACCGUGUGUGUGUACAGCGGAGUAUGCACCUGUCUGUACCAAAGGUGGGCAGACAUUCAGUAACAUGUGCGAGGCCAAGUGUGCGGGUCAAAAGGUGAAAUGUGAAAAUAAAUGUCCUUGCCCAAAGAAGAACCGAUGUGAUCGAUGUUUGAAAAAGAAACCAAAAGCAUUGUGCGGAAAGGACGGGAAAACUUACAUAAACAAAUGCAUGGCAAAGUGCAGUGGUCAGUCUAUUCAAUGUAAAGGUCAGUGUCCCUGUCCGACCUGUGACUGUUCAAAACCCAGGACGCUGUGUCAGACUGACAAGAAAAUGUUUCCCCUGACGAAAUGUCACGAUCCUUGCAGGAAACAAUGCAAAAAGAUUUGGAAGAAAAUGAAGAAGAACAAAAGACGUCGCCAUUCUAAGAGAUGUAAAUGUAAAAAGAACAGACGUCCUGUUUGUGGAUCAGAUGGCGUAACCUAUGGCAACAGUUGUAUGGCGCGGUGCAAACGGGUGAAAAUCGUCAGUCAGGGUGAAUGCCCCUGUAUAUGUCCAUUGACAUAUAUCCCUGUCUGCACUUCGAACAACAAAACGUAUGACAACGACUGCUCAGCAAAAUGUCAGAAACAGACGAUUGCUUGUGACGGUCAGUGUCCUUGCAAAGAAUUGAAACCAUGUCCUCGAAUAUUUCUACCUGUGUGUGGAGCCAAUGGACAGACUUAUGAUAAUGAAUGCCUCGCAGGCCAAGCUGGACAGACUAUGGCAUGUUUAGGAGAAUGCCCAUGUCGACGGGUACCAUUGCUUCCUUGUCCAAAAAUAUUGAUGAAAGUCUGCGGGGGUGACGGCCAGACUUAUAAUAACGAUUGCUUAGCAAAACAAGCUGGUCAAAAAGUAAUCUGCAACAGGGAAUGCCCAUGUGCUGAAGGAGGUAAUUUGAGACCAUGUCCUCGGAUUAUGUUGCCAGUCUGUGGAGAAGAUGGAAAAACUUACAACAACGACUGCCUAUUAAAACAAGCUGGCCAGAUAAGAAAAUGCAAUGGGGAAUGCCCAUGUACUGACGGAGGUAAUUUGAGACCAUGUCCUCGGAUUAUGUUGCCAGUCUGUGGAGAAGAUGGGAAAACCUACAACAACGACUGUCUAUUAAAACAAGCUGGGCAGAUAAGAAAAUGCAACGGUGAAUGCCCAUGUACUGACGGAGGCAAUUUGAGACCAUGUCCACGGAUUAUGCGGCCCGUUUGUGGAGAAGAUGGGAAAACUUACAACAACGACUGUCUAUUAAAACAAGCUGGCCAGAUGAAAAAAUGCAACGGAGAAUGCCCAUGUACAGAUGGAGGUAAUUUGAGACCAUGUCCACGGAUUAUACUGCCAGUUUGUGGAGAAGAUGGAAAAACCUACAACAACGACUGUCUAUUAAAACAAGCUGGCCAGGUAAGAAAAUGCAACGGAGAAUGCCCAUGUACUAACGGAGGUAAUUUGAGACCAUGUCCUCGGAUUAUGCUGCCAGUCUGUGGAGAAGAUGGGAAAACCUACAACAACGACUGUCUAUUAAAACAAGCUGGCCAGACAAGAAAAUGCAACGGAGAAUGUCCAUGUACAGAUGGAGGUAAUUUGAGACCAUGUCCACGGAUUAUGCGGCCAGUUUGUGGAGAAGAUGGGAAAACCUACAACAACGGUUGCCUAUUGAAACAGGCUGGCCAGACAAGAAAAUGCAACGGAGAAUGUCCAUGUACAGAUGGAGGUAAUUUGAGACCAUGUCCACGGAUUAUGCUGCCAGUUUGUGGAGAAGAUGGAAAAACCUACAACAACGACUGUCUAUUAAAGCAAGCAAAUGUGACCAUUGCAUGCAACGGAACUUGUCCAUGCAAGAAAGGCUGUGCAUGCCCAUUCAUAUUAAGACCUGUCUGUGGUAAGGAUGGAGUUACGUAUGACAACGAAUGUGGGGCAAGAUGUGCAUCACAAAGUAUAGAUUGUCAAGGGGAAUGUCCAUGUCGGAAGAGUUGCGCAUGUCCAUACAUACUUUUGCCUGUCUGUGGAAUGAAUGGUCAAACAUACGACAACGAAUGUUCAGCUAAGUGCGAUGGGACAACUAAACAAUGUGAUGGCUCGUGUCCGUGUCCGGAGAGUCCAGCGUGUAAAUGUCCACGCUUUAUCGACCCUGUGUGUGGAAACGACGGUGUAACAUACGGCAAUGAAUGCCAAGCGCGCUGUGCCAGCCAGCAGGUGGCGUGCAAAGGAGACUGUCCAUGUUCACCUACCAUUUUGGCUUAAAGCACAGCAAACAUCUAUGUCCAGCCAAAACUGUUAACAUUCAACUUGUCUGUGAAAUGAAUGUAUAAGUGUUUAUAUUUUAUAACUAUCACAAGAUCUUGAAUGUAUGCAUCUAGCGUGUUAUAAAUUAACAAUCAAAUUAUGAAAACUAUGUCAUACAUGUACAGGUACAAAAAAUGUAUAUUCUUAUUAUGUGAAUCAUAGAUGAAAUGCCAAACGCAUUUUUCUUAAUUACAAGGCGCAAGAUAAUACACGUGACCAUAACUGAUUUGUGAACAAUAUAUAGAAGAAUGAGUAUGUGGAUGUCGUGUUUAAAAGUUAAAAGAUAAAUAAUUUCUACAAUUAAGAGAGUAUUUUGAAUUUCAAUAAAACAAAUCUUACAAUCCUGGUAAAAUAUUCACUUGUUCGUGUCCUUCAUUGAAAAUUGUAUUACUGAAAGCAAAGCUCUACGAUUGUCAUUGUACAAAUAUUUUCAGGAUACUGAGAGGUUACUAAAACUAUUGCUUCUUCGCAUAAAGUUCUUUAUGAUUUAAAUGCACCGCGCAAACUCAGUACACUGUACUUUUUGUCGGAAUUUCGUAAGUUUACAUGCUACCAAUCAUCGUUUUGAAAACCGCUGUUAACAUUAGAACCAUACUGCCAACUGUGGUACUUGUAGACCACCUUCCAAAAUCAGAAGAAAUUACCGAUUUGAUAUGAAUCAUAAAUCAAUUUUCUUUAAUAUCAACAAAAUUAAUACCGUAUAGCGGGAUUUUUUCGCGGGAUUAUAAGUUUGGAAUAUUUGAGCGGUUAGAUAGCUUUCCGCCAAGUUUUCACUCGCCAAAUAUGCAACCAAGUGCAACUCCAGUAUUUGUAAGAGACACAAAGCUUCCCUAUCCACCAAAAUUUAUUCCUCUAAAAUUAUUACCAUACCUUUCAGCCAGCAAAUCGCCAAAUUUGAGACCCGCGGAAAAAAACCCGCUAUACGGUAGUACAUGUAGUAUGUACAUAACUGUGUGUUCCUUUUUCGAAAGAGUAUUAAGAAUGGGUUCUUGUCAUAAUUCAGACAAAGUAAAUGAUGUGUACAAGCGUUUAAAGUCAGCAUUUCGCAAAUUCUAUGAUCGUUAUAACGAUCUAGUUUGCCAAUACAACCUAGCAUUGGGUCAAAUGCUGUCUGACGUGUUUCAUACUGAAUGUUAGGCCGUUCGUUGCACACUGAUUUUGACUACGGAUAACUCCGUUUACCUGAUCGGGAUAUUAAACUCACGGCGGGUAUGACCGGUCGACAGGGAAUGCUUACUUCCCCUAGGCACCUGAUCUCAUCUCUGGUGUGUUCAGGGGUCCGUGUUUGCCCAACUAUCUAUUUUGUAUUGCUUGUGGGAUUUAUGGGAUUGUUCACUGUUCGUUAUCUUCACCUUUCAUGUGCUGAAUGUACGUGUAUUUCCAACAUUUAUGAGUCAAAUGCGUCAUAGAGUCAUAUUACUUUUUCUUACUUACAGUUGUAACAUUCAAUGUUUAUGGGGACUACUAGUGUAUUUUCUUACUUACAGUUGUAACAUUCAAUGUUUAUGGGGACUACUAGUAUAUUUUCAAUGAAUAAACGGCUUAAUAAGAUAU